AUGUUGAAACAGAGCAACGAGAGGAGAUGGUCGCUGAGCUACAAGCCCUGGAGUCCUCCAGAGACGGACGAGGGGCCCAACGCCAGGAGCAACCAGCAGCGCAGGAGCAUCUGCUCCCUGGGAGGCCGCACCGGCUCUCAGGCCAGCAUCAUACCACAGUGGACCGUGGGCAACUACAAUUACUACAUUGAGGAUGACGAGGACGGCGAGGAGGAGGCGGAGGAGUGGCAGGAUGAGCUCGCGGAGGAGAACGAGCCUCCCGAGUGCCCCACAGCCCCUCCGGACGUGCAUACCGACACUCCAGUCCAGCUGUCCACGCUGAAGGUGAACGUAGGAGGCCACAGCUAUCAGCUGGAAUACUGCGAGCUGGCCAACUACCCCAAAACUCGCCUGGGCCGCCUGGCCACCUCCACCAGCCGCAGCCGCCAGCUGGGCCUGUGUGACGACUACGAGGCGCAGACGGACGAGUACUUCUUCGACCGCGACCCCGUGGUCUUCCAGCUCAUCUACAACUUCUACACGUCGGGGGUGUUGCUGGUGCGAGACGAGCUGUGCCCGCGCUGCUACCUGGAGGAGCUGGGCUACUGGGGAGUGAGGCUGAAGUACACACCGCGCUGCUGUCGCAUCUGCUUCGAGGAGCGGAGGGACGAGCUGAGCGAGCAGCUCAAGAUCCAGCGGGAGCUGCGCGCCCAGGCGCAGGCCGAGGAGGCGGAGGAGCUCUUCCAGGACAUGCGCUUCUUCGGGCCGCAGCGCCGACGCCUCUGGAACCUCAUGGAGAAGCCCUUUUCCUCGGUGGCGGCCAAGGCCAUGGGGGUGGCCUCCAACCUCUUCGUGCUCAUCUCCGUGGUGGCCCUGGCGCUCAACACGGUGGAGGAGAUGCAGCACCAGGCGGAGGAGGGCACGGGAGGUGGGGACCCGAGGCCCAUCCUGGAGCACAUGGAGAUGCUGUGCGUGGCUUUCUUCACCCUGGAGUUCCUGCUGCGCCUCGCCUCCACCCCCAACCUGCGGCGCUUCGCUCGCAGCGCCCUCAAUCUGGUGGACCUGGUGGCCAUUCUGCCCUUCUACCUGCAGCUGCUGCUCGAGUGCUUCACGAGCGAGGACCAGAGGCAGGGCAAGGGCUCCCCACGGGAACACGACCUGGAGACCGUGGGCCGUGUGGGAAAGGUGGGCCAGGUGCUGCGCAUCAUGCGGCUCAUGCGCAUCUUCCGCAUCCUCAAACUGGCACGCCACUCCACCGGGCUGCGUGCCUUCGGCUUCACGCUGCGCCAGUGCUACCAGCAGGUGGGCUGCCUGAUGCUCUUCAUCACUAUGGGAAUCUUCUCCUUCUCCGUGGCUGUCUACUCGGUGGAGCACGACAUGCCUGGCACCAACUUCACCAGCAUCCUCCAAGCCUGGUGGUGGGCCACGGUAAGCAUCUCCACUGUGGGCUAUGGAGACAUGUACCCAGAGACCCAUCUGGGCAGGCUUUUUGCCUUCCUCUGCAUCGCUUUCGGGAUUAUUCUCAACGGGAUGCCCAUUUCCAUCCUCUACAACAAGUUCUCCGAUUACUACAGCAAGCUCAAAGCCUACGAGUACACCGCCAUCCGUAGGGAACGCGGAAAGGUGAACUUCAUGCAGAGAGCCACAAAGAAGAUGGCUGAAUGCUUAUCUGGAAGUCACACACAGCCCGCCACAAGGCAAGAGAGCUAA